AUGCCGUUCGAGCAUGUCACACGCUUUGCCCUGACCGUCUCCUGGAUCCUCACGAGCGCCGUGCGUCUCUCCUUCGUCCGCGACUCCCCACCUCGUCGCGCUGACCCGAUGGACUCUGUUCGCCUCGCACAGCUGCAAUACGGCUACCACAUCUCCUCGCUCAACUCGUCCUCCUCCUCACUCAUCUGUUCAGCCUCCUCGAUCCCUCCAUCCCGCAAGGGCCUCUUUUCCCUUCCAACAUGUCUCGAUAUGACCGACUCGGCGUUCGGACUCAUCACCAGCGCGUAUACGGUCGGAGGAUUGGGUGGUAGUUUGAACGCUGGAGGGAUGAUUGAGCGAUGGGGAAAGAAGGGGACUGCGGUCAGGAGCGCGGGGGUCAUCGUACUGGGCGCGCUGGCCGUCUCGCUCGGGUCCUACGUCUGGGUUCUGGUCGUCGGGCGGAUCCUGAUCGGCGUCUCCUGCGGCAUCGCGACCGUCCUAGUCCCGCUCUACCUAAGCAGCGUCGCGCCUCCCGCCAUUGCCGGCAGCAUUGGCAUCCUCACGCAGAUCUCGAUCAACAUCGGGAUCUUUGCCGCGCAAGGCUUCUCCAUCCCGCUCUCGACGCCCGGAACAGGUCAAUGGCGCCUCGUCUCGCUCAUUUCGGCCGGACUCGCCGUCGCGCAGAUUUUGACUGGACCGCUGGUACCGGAGAGUCGAGGGAAGGAGGAGAAGGUGCAUGACUCGGAUACGGAUGAGGAGCGGGCACCGCUCGCUGCGGACGAGGGCGAGGAUGACAGCGACUCGCUCAACCCCCGAAGAAAAGUCGACAGCGAAAAGUCGCUCUCGGUCGCCGAGGUGCUCCAGUCGCGCAAUCCGGCGGUGAAGAAGGCGAUGUGGACGUUGGUGGCGACGAUGGUGUUCCAGCAGUUCUCGGGAAUCAAUGCGGUCAUGUACUACAGCACAUCAAUACUGACCGCCGUCAACCCAACGAGUGCGAAGACUGUCUCGCUACUGGUGACCUUGGUCAACCUCAUCAUGACCUUCCCCGCCAUCUUCCUCAUCGACCGCCUCGGCCGCCGCACCCUCCUCCUCACCUCCCUCGCCCUGAUGUGCGCCUCGACCGCCCUUCUCGGCUGGAGCAUCGAUAACCACUACUUCCGCAUCGCCUCGGGAGGGAUCAUGGCGUUUGUCGUGAGCUUUGCGUUGGGGUUGGGGCCGGUGCCGUUUGUGUUGGUCGGGGAGAUGCCGCCGAGGGAGGCCAAGUCUGCUACCGCCUCCAUCGCCGUCGCUGUAAACUGGAUCUCCAACCUCCUAAUCGGUCUCCUCUUCCUCCCUCUUCGCGACUACCUCGCUCACCGGACUGCUGGCGGAGGAGGAGAGGACGGAGAAGGGAGUGGCACCGUGUUCUACAUCUUCACCGCGUGGACGGGGUUGGGGGUUUUGGUGUUGGCGAGGUUGAUGCGGUAG